CUCAUAAAGCUGGCGAAGUGGAACGCGUAGCUUCUCAGGCACUUAUAAGGACAGCUCAGGGGUCCUCCCAGUCAGUACUACCGGCUCGCAAGAUGGUGGCGGAGAGGUUACUGCUGUGUGUGGUCGCCGCUCUGCAGGCGAUAUCCGCCUACGGCGCUGAGCUGUCCUCGGAGGCCUGCAGAGAUCUUGGCUUGUCAAGUAACUUAUUGUGCAGCUCGUGUGAUCUUCUCGGACCGUUUGGGCUGAAUGAGAUUGAGCCCCUGUGUAGACAGUGCUGCCAGCAGGAGGCACGCCUGGAAUCAAGAAAAAUGUACCCAGGGGCCAUUCUUGAGGUCUGUGGAUGAAAACUGGGGAGGUUCCCUCAAGUCCAGGCUUUUGUCAGGAGUGACAAGCCCAAGCUUUUCAGGGGCCUGCAGAUCAAGUAUGUGCGUGGCUCUGACCCUGUACUGAAGCUUCUGGAUGACAACGGGAACAUCUCUGAAGAACUGAGCAUCACCAAAUGGAACACGGACAGCGUUGAAGAAUUCUUGAGCGAGAAACUGCACCGUUUAUAACUUGUUAUACAUAUCACAAACCCUCUCCCUAUCGAAUCAGACCCCCUCUUUAGCUUUAUGCUGGGUGUCCUCUGUAAAUCAGCCCUGCUUUACUACUUUUAUACUGUAAGAAAUCGCUGCGGUUGGGUGUGUAUGGACAUUAUCCAGUUAUAGCAUGGGUUCAGUUCCCACUUAGAAUAUUGUUUGUUGCUAUGGAGCAACGGACUGCGAUCUGCCACUUAUGGCUGCAUUCAUUGUUUAAAAAGUGACAGCUUGUAGGAGCAAGUGCAGAAAUCUGAGACUGAACCCCAGUGACUGUUCCCAUGAACAUCCAGACAGACCAGGCUGUUGUGUAAUGGACGCAAUGUAGUAAGGUAUAGAUGCGGUUUGUGCCCUGGUCAGUCCUUGUAUUUGUAUGGUUCGCCACAAAAAUAGUAUUAAAGGGGAUGUCCAGAAUCUUGUCAUUGAUAGCCUAUGCUCAGCAUAGACCAGAGCGGUCGGGGUCCUGUGUUCUGCACCACUGCCGAUCAGUUGUUAAGGCCUUAAGCACACGGCUGUUCAGUCAUUCCAUGCAUUGGGGACUGCAAUUUGCGGUCCCCAAUGCACUGGCACCAUUCCUGCGGCUGCCGUGACUGAUCCAGACCAGUCCGUGAUCUGUCCGACUGCAAAAAAAUAGUUUUAUUUCUUUUUUUUCUUGGUGCAGAGGCAUGGACAGGAACCCCACAGAAGCACUACAGAGUGCUUCCAUGGGGUUCCAUGCCUCCGUUCUGCACCUCCGCUUUGGAUUGUGGAUUUAAGUUAUGUGGUGAGCAUACGGCCGGUGCCUGCAUAUUGCGGACCGCAAUACGGGCAACGGCCAUGUGCGUGAGGGCUUAACUUGUAGCACUGGUGCUGGAACUACACAGCUCCACUGUGUUGGGAUGGAGUUGGUAACUGCAGCACUGUCCCCAUUGAAGAGAAUGGGAGCAGUGCUGCAGUAACCAACUCUGUCCACUACACAAUGGACAUAGCUGUGUAGUUGUAGCGUUACUGCUGAACAGCCGAUUUGGAUGGUGUGCAGGUGCGAUCUGAUGUUGAGGGGAGGCUAUCAAUAUGAAAAUCCUGGACAACCCCUUUAAGAACAUCUACAUUUUAAAAAAAAACUAACAAAAAAACAAAACUGUGUGCAGUACCUGUAAGGACAGAUUACACUAGUUUCUAGGAGCAUAUGGUAGGAUCACUGGGACAUGACUUGACCGUGAAUUUAUUUUUAAUUCCGUUAUCUGAGCUUAGAAAUGCAGUAACUUGCCGCCUUUAUUCUGAAGCUUGUAGUCCCACUCCUGCUCUAGAUGUCCAUGAGAACACAGUACUGGUAAUGUAUCAUUCCAAACCACAGCUUCCCUAGACCCAGAAUUCAAGAUUUUUCCAAAACUGAAUGGUCUGAGAUUAGAUAACGCGGCCUCCCCUUGUAGAAACGACUGCACUCUUGUCCGCUCGUUGUUGCAACAUCUCUCCGUUCACUUGAAUGGGGCUGAGCUGGAACGCCCAGGGACAAGAGCGGAGAUGUCUUCAAAUCUCCACGAUCCAGCAUUGUAGCUGAAGAAGGGCCGACCGCGCACAUCCAUCUUUGGUAAAGAACGCAGAUCUCCUAAUGGCUUCGCAACCACAAAAAUGACUUUAUUGGGCCAGUAUGAGGAGGCAUCGCCAGAUCCAUCAUGAGACUGUAAUAAAACGUGCAAUGUACCGGGGCAUUACUAGGGUAGUGUGGUGUUCAUUAAAUAGGGGUUAAGUCACAUUUGAUUGUUGUUGAAAGGAAAAUGCAAAUUUGUAAUCUUCAUAAUUGGCACAAGUUGAAGCCUUUGAUGGAUGUCACCACGUCCUUUAGUGCCCUUUACUUUUUUUUUUUUUUCACAUGCAUUUUAUAUCUCUGCCUUUUUUGUAGCUUUUAUUUACAGCAUCUCGCAGAAGCCGGGUGCUGAAAGGACACAUUGUUUAGGGAUGAUGAAAGGGCUCCGUUCACUGCAUUGGAUGUGACACAUUAGGGUCAUGCACUUUUGUGAAGACUACACAGAAAACCCUCAUAAGGCUUGUGGAUGUCUGAUGUGCCGUGCGUUGUGCCCUCGUGUUAAGCUCUGCUGCUUUAAAUAGGAGUCUGAAGAAUUGACUUGUUAACGAUGGAAGUCUUUAAAUAAAAAAAAUAUCUGAAAAGAUGA